AUGCUUCCCAUCUUCUUCUCCCUCAUCACGCUAGCCUGGGCCAUCAUCCCCAGGCAAUUAGAGUGCAACAGCCCACACCCAAGCGAAGAACUCUUGACGCUCCAUUCCAACUUGGCCGAUGGACAACUCUUCACCAGAGACACUUUUCCAGAGUCAGUUGUUAUCGAAACCUACGUGCACAUUUUUGCCGAAAACACCACGUACAAAGGUGGAUGGCUCAGUAACACCACCAUCGAAAAACAAAUCAACGUCCUCAACCAAGGCUUCAACAGUACGCCGUUUCGGUUUGCUCUUGCCGGAAUUAGCCGGAACGUGACCCGUCUACCCCCAGCCACCAACCCGAGUAUGGACGCGCAAAUGGCCUUUUGGUUCAAGUACCGCCAAGGCAACUACCGCAGCCUCAAUCUCUACUAUGUGAGCGGCUUUUACGGCGGCCAGUGCACCUUUCCAAGCAUGCAGGCGGCGUUGGAGUCGUCGGCCGACUUUUUUCUCGAUGGCUGCACCAUGGGCGCCGACACGACGCCCGGCAGCAGCGGCCUGUUUGGGGCUGGGACGACGACCAUUCAUGAGGUUGGGCACUGGAUGGGCUUGCUUCACACGUUUCACGGCGGUUGUAGCUCCGAGUAUGGUGAUUUUGUUGCGGACACACCAUUCGAAUCCGAUGCACCUAGCAAAGAUGAUCAUACUUUUGAAGUGUGCCCCGUCGGCCGUGAUAGCUGCCCUGGAUUGCCUGGGCUUGACCCUAUCCAUAAUUACAUGGACUAUACCUCAGAAGAUUGCCGUUCCGAAUUCACCACUGGUCAGAUUGAUCGUAUGAAGUCGAUGUGGGCAUUGGUGCGCAACGUGAGGCCAUCUUCUGGUUAG